AUGGCAUUUUUAUAUAAUGAAGGAUGUGAAAAUUCUGACGGAAAUUCCACCAAAUGUAUUAUGAAUAUAUGUCAAAUAAGUCAAAAUAAAUUUGAAACAUCAUAUUGUAGAAUUCAUCCACUAAUAGUUUAUAUACAGAAACAUUUAAAUAGUGAUUUAAAUGAUCCUUCAAGAAAUGUAUUUACAUACGAAUAUUAUCCACCAACUAUUAAAUCUAGGAUAACUGUUCUUUCAAAUAAUGAUCAAGAUGGAAUUUUGCUCCUGUAUGAAUAUAAUCCAUAUCAUAAUAAAUAUCCAGAAAAAACAUAUUUAUGCCGCCUUAGACAUAUAAAACAAAAGAUAACAUUAUGCGAAUCCGUUAAUGUAGGAUAUUUGGGAAGAACUCUUACAUUUGACUCUUUUGACAUUAUUAAUGAAGAAAAUACAAAUAAGAAUAUAAUUAGUUUAAAAAACCCGAAUCAUAAAAUUAUUAAAUCAAAAUAUGAUAAGUUAUUAUUUAAAGAACUACCCAACCAAUUUAUAAAAACAAAAUACAUUUCACAUUAUAAUAGGAGGAGUACCUUAUGUAAAAAAAUUGAUAAUGAUUAUAUGGAAUGUAGCGAUGCAAAUUACAGCGGACGUUUAAUUUUGUUGGAUGAUAAUGGAUAUUAUGAUUUAAAUAGAAAAUAUUUAUAUCUUCCCAAUAAUUGCUUUGAAGAAAAUUUAAAUUCUUCAUGUUCUCCAUAUAUAUGCGAUAACCAGGUUACAAAGGAGUUUGUUCCAUGUGUAUAUGAAGAAAUCUGUGUUGUAAAAAACAUUAGGACAAUAAAAAACAUAAGUCCAAUAAAAAAGGUAAUGCCAAUAAAAAGCAUAAUACCAAUAGAAAACACAACUCCAAUAAAAAAUUUAAUGCCAAAUUCAGAAAAUAUAGCAGCGAUAUCAGUAAAGUCUCAGGAUAUUUCUCAUGAAAACGGUUUUAAUAGAAAUGCACUCUUUGCAAUGUCUUUUAUGUCUUUUCUAGUUCUAUUCACUUUUUUUUUUUGCCUUAUAUAUACGAUUUUUAGAAAAAAGAGAAGAAAAAUAAAUUAA